GGAGAUCACGGAGCUGGAGUUCGUGCAAAUCGUGGUCAUCGUGGUCGUGAUGAUGGUGAUGGUGGUGAUGAUUACGUGCCUGCUGAGCCACUACAAGCUGUCAGCCCGCUCCUUCAUCAGCCGACACAGCCAGGCCAGGAGGAGAGACGAUGGGCUGUCCUCGGAAGGAUGCCUCUGGCCCUCAGAGAGUACGGUGUCAGGCGGAAUGCCGGAGCCACAGGUCUAUGCCCCGCCUCGGCCCACUGACCGCCUCGCUGUGCCCCCCUUCGUCCAGCGGAGCCGCUUCCAGCCCACCUACCCCUACCUGCAGCACGAGAUUGCCCUGCCACCCACCAUCUCACUGUCUGAUGGGGAGGAGCCCCCACCCUACCAGGGCCCCUGCACCCUCCAGCUCCGGGACCCUGAGCAACAGCUGGAGCUGAACCGGGAAUCUGUGCGCGCACCCCCUAACCGGACCAUCUUCGACAGUGACCUUAUAGACAGCACCAUGCUGGGGGGUCCCUGUCCCCCCAGCAGUAACUCGGGCAUCAGCGCCACCUGCUACAGCAGCAGUGGGCGCAUGGAGGGGCCGCCCCCCACCUACAGCGAGGUCAUCGGCCACUACCCUGGCUCCACCUUCCAGCACCAGCAAAGUAACGGGCCGUCCUCCCUGCUAGAGGGGACCCGGCUCCAUCACUCGCACAUUGCCCCACUGGAGAACAAGGAGAAGGAGAAACAGAAAGGUCACCCCCUCUAGGAGUGGGGGCCGGGGCACCUGUAGGCAAAACCGCAAAAAAAAAAAAAGAAAAAGAAAAAAAAAUAACACUCCGCACUUCUUAAGAGAGAAGAGAGAGGAAGUCAGGGGAUACACAGGCCGAGUGGCGGUGUGGUAGUUCUCCUGUCUGUGUAUAAAUAUUUACAUGUUCUGUGUGGUCUGAAUGCAGAAGCUCAGAAAGCUUGCAAAAAGAAAAAAGAUACCAUGUUUCUUUGUUGAGCCGUGUCUUGAAGGCAAAAGAGAAAAAUGCUCUACUAGUCUUUCCUUUAUCGUUCUUAGUUGAGCUCUGUGCGUGAAUGCUUAAUUUCUUUUGUUUAUGACGGUUUUACUUAACUUUAAAGACAUAUUUGCACAAAACCUUUGUUUAAGAUCUGCAAUAUUAUAUAUAUAAAUAUAUAUAUAUAAAAUAAGAGAACUCUGUAUGUGGGAGAGCAGGAGUAUUUUUGUAUUAGAAGAGGCCUAUUCAAAAAAAAAAAAGUUGUUUUCUGAACUAGAAGAGAAAAAAAUGGCAAUUUUUUGAGUGCCAACUCCGAAAGUGUGUAUUACCUUGUAAAGAAAAAAAAAAACCUACAAAGCAGGGGUUUAGAGCUAUUUAUAUAAAUGUUGAGAUUUUGCACUAUUUUUUAAUAUAAUAUAUCAGUGCUUGUUUGAUGGAAACUUCUAGAGAGUGUGUUGAGACUUGGAGAAAUGUUGAGUUUCAGUCUGAACAGAGCAGCAGGGGUGUGUCCCUCUGCCCCCUGGGUCUCAGAGGGCCCCCACUGUGCAGGAAAGCCAGGCUCCCCAGGGCCGCAUGACUUGCUGCCUGCAAGCCAAUGGAUGCUUCUGUCCAGACAGGCUGUGAACAGUUACACAUUCCCUGCCGAAGGGGACCCGUGUCGUGUUGUCCCUCUGGGUUACAGCUGAGUCAGGACCGCCUCCCCUCCCCCCCCCCCCCACACAGAGGCACCCAAUUCCAGAUGCCUUUCCCAAUAUGAAAAUAAACUGUUACCGAAGGAAUCUUAGUUUUUUUUUUUUUUUUUUUCUUCCUCUUUAAAACACAGUAACUAUGAAGAUUCAGUGUUUGGGGGCAAGGUGUAUCCCCAAAGCCAAAGCAACUCCCUGAAUUUGGUGCCAGGUGGAUACAGCAGCUGGCUUCCUGCAGAGGCGGGUUAGACUCCAGUGUCCCAAGGCUGGGAUCUACGCAGUUCCACGCUGGCAUGUAGGAACGGCCCAGGGUGAUGGCUGCUUGACCUCUGACCAUGUGUUUGCCUCAGUAUUGAUUUUCACUUCAAGAAGCCAAUUAACAGUCAACCUAAGAUUGAAAGAGACAAGCCCAAGUGUUCCCCCAGGAAGCCCAAAAGGGUUAGGAAAGACUGCUAGCAACUCCAGCCCAUCCCUCUGCCUCCAGUGUAAUUUUCCCUCUCUCCCUGGAAUCUCCCCUCCGACCCGGAAGGAGUUGUAUUAGAUGUGGUCAUCUGCUCGUCAUUAUCACAUGUUAGCGGGGUUGGGGUCUCAUUUCCCAGCAUGUAAUUAGUAUGUAGAUGCUGGGACCCCUAGAGGGCUUGCUGUUGUGUCUUCUGUGACUACAAGAGAAAGGGAGGGAGUGUGUAGUGAGAUCUCUUAGGGUUCAGCAGGAACAGAGGCAUCCCUCGGGUGAGUCUGCUGGAAUCCCUGGAGUGACCCCGCCACCCCUCCCUAUCCACAGGGCGGUCCCAUUUUCUGCGGAAAAUGUUAACACGUAAACGAGAGACGAGGCGGUAACGUGUACACUGCAUUUUUAUUACUUGAAAAUCUUUUGGAGUUCAGGCCUGUUUAUACACAUACAGUUUUUAAAAUAUAGGUUACCCUGCUACUCCGAGGGACCCUGAAGGCCUGCAGAUCCAUCCUGGCAGGACAUUCCCAGGAGACCUCCUUCCCUAGGAGUGGUUGACCUGACCUCUCCAUGAGGACCCUUGGAAAUACCACGUAGAGAUAACAGUAUGUUGUCACCGAGAUGUCCCGUGUUUCCUUGUGCGAAUAAUAUCCGAUGCCUUACCGAGGAAGAGCUCUCCCUCCGGGCUCAGGGUCAGGACACUCCCUACAGUGUCUCACUCUUGGGGCCAGUCCAGCAAGGGCUACUGCUGAAGUUCAACUGUGCACACCCCUUCCCUUUCCUUCCCUCAGCGUGCAUGUACCCUGCUUGCAGAGGCCCCCCAGCUGUCCCUGCAGCCUUCUUAUGGAAUACCGCAUGUGGCCCCCAUCCAGGUGGAGAUUUUAGACAAGUAAACUUAUUUGUGUAUGCGGCUUCCGCUGAAAGCCAAGCCCAGUGAAUGUGCCCACUGUCCUCUGGGACCAAACUAGCUGUCCUUGCUUUGUUGAAUGGGUUGUUGUGGGGGCUUGCUGGGCUCAUUUGACUUAAGGGCACACCCACUCCUUUGGGUAACAACUCUGGACUAGAAAGUGGGGUUCCUUGGAUGUGGGUUGUAGAAGCUUGAAGGGAAGGACUUGCCUAAGGUGGGGUGUCUCCUGUCCUGAGUGUCAGGCUGUCAACCCCCCGCAGGCUGCUGGCAGUGGGACCCUGAGCUCUGGCCAAGCUCUUCAUGCUGGAUCCACACUUAUCUCUUCCCGUGGCAAGUUAAGCCAGCCCCGGGAAGUGGCUGGUUGGGAAGGAACUGACUGGGUAGGC